GCGACAGGCGCUUUUUUGGCGGAGAGAGGAGCGGGCUGGACCUCUCGCCGUGGCUGCUGCUGCUACUGCAUGCGCUGGAAGCGACCCGGUGCGUGGCUGGAUCGUCUCUCCUCGCUCUCUCGGGACUCCGCGGUCCUGCAAGCGGCCGGGCGGCGCGGAGGGCUUGGAGCUCCUGCCAAGGGGCUGCGCUGCCAGCUCCACUCGGUGCCCUGCACCGGAGGCUCCCCCCCUGCACGCCAUGGACUCGGAUUCCGGGGAGCUGAGCGACGGGGACCUGGUCUCCGCCGCGGGUCCUGAUCACUUUAGUUCCAAGAGUCUUGCUUUACAAGCCCAGAAGAAGAUUUUGAGCAAGAUGGCGAGCAAGACGAUGGCCAACAUGCUCAUCGACGACACCAGCAGCGAAAUCUUCGACGAGUUGUACAAAGUGACCAUAGAGCACGUGAAAAACAAGAAAGAAGCCCACAAGAUUAUGAAAGACUUGAUCAAAGUCGCCAUCAAGAUCGGGAUUCUCUACCGAAACAACCAGUUCAACGCGGACGAGAUGGAGAUCGUUGAGAAAUUACGCAAGAAGCUGAAUCAGGCGGCCAUGACCUUGGUGAGUUUUUACGAAGUGGAGUUCACCUUUGACAAGAACGUUCUUUCGGGACUGUUGAAUGAGUGCAAAGACCUCGUCCAUGAACUUGUAGAACGGCACCUGACAGCCAGGUCUCAUGCACGGAUCAACCACGUCUUUGAUCACUUCGCCGCUGUUGAAUUCCUCACUGCUCUCUACAGCCUAGAUGGAGAAUGCCGUCCACAUCUCAAAAAAAUAUGCGAUGGGAUCAACAAACUACUUGAUGAGAAGGUCCUCUGAAACUCGGCUUUCCAAGACUUUUAAAGAACAGAUCAAAUUAAGAGAUGCAAACAGAGUUGAGAAAGGAAUACAAGAGCCUGCUGCUUUUUUUUAUAAUCCCCCCCCCCCGACAAAAUAUCUUAGUAACAAAAUACAUUUAUUCUGGAACAUGUUCACAUUCCGCUUGUAAGGAAGCGAGAUGUACUUCACCCCACAAAUAAAAAGAAACAUUUUCGCACAGAGAACGGUUUACAAUGCAAAAGGAAUUGUGCGAAUUGGAAUUCAGCGCUACAAAAUAAACGAUCCACUUCGGAGAGCAAAUAAAAUGGCCCACCUUUUCAUUGCAGAAGAAAAACUUUUAAAAUGGAAAGAGCGAGUGCCAAGCUUCGUUUUAAAAGAAAAACCACACGAUCCAUACUGAAAAAAUGAGGAAGAACUCUUAAGUGCAAGAAAACCCAAAGCACACGAACAAGGUUGCUUUUAAAGGGCAUAGUGUUUCCACUGAAAAUAAUGGAAAAAUUGGCACGAUUCUCUUAAUGAAGGAUAAUCUCAAGACUCUAAAAAAGAGGAGCGAUUAAAGAAAGUUCAUUCCGUAAAGUCCUCACGCGUUGCUGCAGUCAGUACCAAAGCGAACGAAAUUCGCUUCUAGAGCAGAGAAAGUUUGAAACGGACACAGGCCCUUUCGGAGAGAUCUUUUCAUGCUCAGCUGCAACAAGGGAUGUUCUGAAAUUGAGCAGACAUUCCAGGUACGGGAGACCUCCUUGCAGCCUUCCAUCAUCCCCUCAGUGUUCCAUCAGAAGGACUGCUCGCUUGGAGAGUCACCGGAGAAGAACGGACAACUGAUGAGUGAUAGACACCUUGGGUGGGAUACAGGAGAAUGUAAGGGAGGCCAGAGAGAAGAACAGCAGAUGGCCUUCUGCUGAAAGAAAUGGGCCAAGCCAAACUACAUCCACGCUGUACCAAAAAUAUACUUGGUAAUGCCCAUGUUGACCCAAGGUACCAACACGAGGAUUAUUUUUUUUUACCAUCUCCUUGGAGAUAUACUGUAUUUUUGGGACUAUAAGACACACCUGAAUUUAGAAGAGGAAAACAACAACAACAACAAAGUUUUUAACCUAUCUUUUUUCGGCCCUUUUCCAGUCCUUUUUCCGGCCUGUUUCGGGGGUGGGAGUUGGCCCAUUUUCAAGGCUUUUUUCAACCCGUUUUCAAGGCUUUUUUUGGCCCAUUUUUGAGGCUUUUUACAGGCCAUUUUGGGGGCUUUUUUUGCCCAUUUUUGAGGCUUUUCUCGGCCUGUUUUCAGGGAUUCUUUGGGCCCAUUUUCAAGGCUUUUGUGGGGCUGUUUUUUUUGGAAAAAAUGGGCCAGAAGAAGCCUCAAAAAUGUGCUGAAAAAAGCCUCAAAAAUGGGCCAAAAAGCCUCAAAAAUGGCUGAAAAAAGCCCCCAAAAUGGUCCCAAAAAAGGCUGAAAAAAGGCCCAAAAACAGGACGUGCAGAGCCCAAAAAACAGCCAGCGGGUGGGCAGGGCUUCGGCAAUAUUCGGUCUAUAAGACACACAGACAUUUUCACCCCCUUUUGGGAGACAAAAAAGUGCAUCUUAUAGUCCGAAAAAAAGGCUGGUUGCUUAAGUUUGCCCAUUUUUUAUAACCUUCCCCCUCCCCAAAAGUGUUAUCAUUCUGGUCUGAAAGGCUUAUGUGAUUCACAAUUUCCGUUCAGGAAGCUGACACAAGUAUAUAGCAAAAUGUUUAGACAAGAGCUGAUAGCUAAUUAUUUCACAGCAUCAAAAGAACAGCCAUCCCUUGUUAGAUAGGACAACAUACCUAAUCUUGCUGACGACUCCCAAAGUCAAUCUAUUAAAGCUCAGCGAGUGGGUGCACAAAAAUACGUUUCUAGCGAAAGAAAAUGCAACAGAGAAUCUGCAGAGUAGCCAUGGCGCGUUAAGCCGAGAUGGCCAUGCCACAGGCAAGAGACGAUACAAUAUUUGCUUGCUUUCAGGUAAAUACUUGUAAUUGCAUGAAAGCAGGUGUGAAUAUUUUAAUUGCAUGAAGUGCAAGUUCGUACAAUUUCAUUAUUCACGACAGCGAAUACUGUAAUUGCAUGAAAGCAGUCCUAUUUUAACUGCUUCAUCUUACAGAAAGUGACUUUUAACAGGAGCUAAAUCAGGUUCUUGGCAAACCAUGUUUUUGCAUAAUGCUUGCUUAAUCGUCUGUGCCAAUGUAGCCAUUUAGACACACACACACACACACACACACACACCCAUAGGACAAAAAGAUGGCUCAAAGCACAACUUAAGAAACCGGAUUGAAAACGGGGUCUAAUUCUGCCACCUUUCAGUGUUUGUCUUUAUCAAAUGGAAAAUUAGCAUCAAAUCUUUUUUUGAAUGUACAAGCAACUUCUCUGGAAGCUUGCGCAGUUAUCCAUAUCUACUAAAUGUUGAGCAAAACUCUUUUUUAAGUUACUCACUGUGGCCAGACUCAUCCAAUUACUUUCAGCCAGGCAGGCGUGUUACCUCUUGCACAUAUUGGUGUUCAGACUUGGGACUAUUUUUUUAAGGAGUCAAAUGUCUUGCCAUUUAUAUUUAUAUGAGACUUGGGUAGCCUUAAACAUACGCAGGAGUAUUUAUGUAUUUCCCAGACUGGUUCUACGCUGUAUGUUCAAUGUGUUUACUUUUAUAUUGGGGUGGGGUUACCAUGUAAAACCAUUGGUUCCACACUAUCUAUGGUGUUCCAGUCAGACAUAAUGUUUCCUUACCAUAAAUUAUACAUUAAAUGAUUUGUGAUGAAAAGGUUU